GUACAGCAGCACACUAAACAGUCUGUACUAAACGGACACGCUUACACUCGCACAUCUCUCUUCCGCUACACAAGAAAAAGUCAACAAACUCUUAUAAGCUUGUCACUUCACUUCAUUCUGAUAUGAAUAAAUCCAAGUCUCCUAUUUUAAAUGACUGUCUGAAGCACAUCACUUUUGAGAAUGAAUCUUUAUGGAACGAGAAUAUGACCUCCAAUGCCAGCGUUGAGACAAUGCACCACCUCUUUAUAGGUGCCCAACGCCAGGAACCUAAUCAUGUUGCGAUACCUGCCACUAUCUUUUACAGUCUUCUUUUCUUCUUUGGUAUGAUGGCAAAUGGCCUCAGCAUCCUGACACUUAUGAGAAAUGGGAGAAUGAAAGUUAGUGCUGUGCGAUUUUAUCUUCUGAGUUUGGCCAUGGCAGAUAUCUUGCUGCUGCUCACUAUCCCAGUCACCCUUUAUCGAUAUUUCUGGCAAUAUUAUCCCUGGGCACUCUCUGAUACUGUGUGCAAACUUUAUUUUAUGAUCCGACAGGUCUAUUGUGCUACAACCAGUUGGACCAUUAUUGCAUUUACAUCUGAGAGAUAUAUUGCAAUAUGCCACCCCAUGUGGUCCAUCACAGGCCUCCGGAAAACCCGUAUGGCAUACCUUUUGGCAUUUAUCUGGCUUCUGUCUAUCCUCACCACCAUACCUGUGGCUAUAGUAUAUGGGGAGUCAUCAGCAUGCAUCUUGGACUAUACUGCUACUUCUCAAGAAGAAGCUGUACUUGACUCCACUGUCUGUGAAAUGUUGGAGCCAAAGCCCUAUACUGUUUACAAAAGCAUCAUGCAGACACGCAGCAUACUAUUCUUUGUCAUGCCUUUAUUAGCCAUUAUUAUUUUUCAUAUUCUUAUCUUCCACCACCUGAAUCUUAACCAAAGGCAGAGAGAGAAAAUUGGGCUUAAUGGAACACAUUGGCAUUUUUCUUCUACUCAUGCAAACCAUCCUCAACGGCACCCAUUUUCUGAAAAAAAGGCUCGACAACUUAUGGGUGCUGUGGUAGUGGCUUUUUUUCUCUGCAAUUUCCCUGAUACAGCCUCAUCUCUCAUGCAAAUCUAUAUUGAAAACUGGAAUGCACAUGUCUAUAAAGUAUAUACCUGGCUCAAGACCUACUUAUCUCUUCCACUUUGGUACCUGAAUAGUGCUUUGGACCCAAUUUUGUUCUGUAUUUCGUCUACCUCCUUUCGCAGUGCAUGCUGGGAAACCUUGACGACUUUCAUACCUUGGUAUGAAAAAUCAUUGGAUGGGCCGGGGAACACAUAUCAAGCAUCUUGUGUGAGGUCUGGGGUUUCAUCUCUUGUAUCUGCACCAAGCAACCGUUCUACAUGGACCUUAAACUCAAAUGAAGGAGAGCAAAAGGAAUAUUUAGGUCAGGCUCGAACCAGUGAUCCUAAGCUUUUGUUCUUUCGACAUUUAACAAUGAUGGACCCAGCAGAAUGCACAAUGCCUUAGGACUUUAAUGGACAGAAAUUAUGGUUAUUCCAUGUACGAAGCUGUUAAUAACUUGCAGGAAUGCAUAUACAAGUGUUUUACAGAAGAUGUGUAUUGCUAAACUCAUUUACGUGUAAUGCAUUUUGUACCUGAGAUCAACAUGCCUGCAUGGUUUCCGGCAGCCACCAGCUGCCUUGGUAAAUAAUAUGUCCUUUUUAAAGUGAUUAUGUACAAUGUUAUUGCUUCUGUGAUUUUUUUUUAAUAUGCUGUUACGGAAAAAAAUUUAGAAUCAAAAGAAAUGGUUUCAUGAUCACAGAGACAGUCAUUGCUGACAAUGAACGAUCAGUGUUAAAUGGAAAAAGAAAAAUAUUUAUAUUGUUUUUAUAAUGUGUCUGUUUUAAGUCUGAGAAAGUUGCAUAGUAUUUUUCUGUUAUUCAGGGGCAACUGAAGAAAAAUAGAUAUUUUUGGUUCAUAAGAACCUCUAAACAGAAUUACCUACACAAUGCAUGCUUUUGUGAAUGCAAAAAAUUGUCUUUAUCUGCGAUCAUGGUAAUAUACAUGUCCGUAUGCUCUUUGUAGAGCCAGCUGUUCGAUAUCAGCAACUGUUUUGGCAGUGCACAUAUUCUUAGUGUCUUUGCGCACUUGUGUUUUUCCACUUUCCAGUAACUAUGAAUUUU